AUGGAAGAGCAGCAGACAUCAAGUAAAAUUCCCAAAGGAAUAUAUCCAUUCUUUUUCAUUGGCGUAUUUUGGGGCAUGUAUUACGCAUCAAACAACGCUAUAACGCGUAUGUUCAUGGUGAACAAAAUUGGCUUUACCAAAGCCGAAACAACGUCUUAUUUUCGUUAUCGAAGAAUAGGAACGUAUUUGCUAUAUCCAUUCGGAGCAUUGGUCACUGAAAGUUAUGGAAACAAGUACUACAUUCUAGGAUAUGGAUUCUUUAGAGGUAUUAUUGCUCAAUCGUUAUUUAUUUUGGAAGCAUUGCCAAGUCUCCGUUCAGUGGCCAAAGGAAUUGUAUAUUUUGAACUCGUAUACCAUUUAAUUAAUAGUUUUAUAUUGAGUCGAACACAAUUCGUAUUCGAAGGAGAUCAAUUUAAACUACCAGAACAAAGAGCGGCUCUGAUGAAGUACUUUAGAAUUAACUACAUAAUACAAAACUUUGCCUCACUCGUUGGACAUUUUAUAUCACCAUUGGCAAAAACGAAAGUUCCAUGCUUAGGAGAGCAAGACUGCUUCAUAUUGCCUUUUGGUAUAGGUAUGAUAUGUGUUAUUUUAUGUCUGAUCAUUUAUUUAGCUGGUACUCCUCUUUAUACUAUAAAUAGAACUACACGUAAAACAGCCCAAAAUAUUGUCCGAUGCAUAUGGUAUGGACUCAAGAAGUCGAUUCGAGAGCGAAAAACUAACCCUCAGGCCCAUUGGUUAGACCAUGCUGAACCCAAAUUUGGAACUGAAUUAGUCGUUGACAUCAAAACCGUCCUUAAUAUGCUCGUUAUAUUCUGUUGCAUUCCGCUCUAUUCCGGUGUUUACUUUAUGGGUCAAGAUGAAUGGAUUUUUCAAGCGAGCAGAAUGGACGGACAAUUUGGAUCAUACACAUUCAUAGUAGAACAUUUUGAACUUUUAAAUCCCUUGUUAGCAGUUAUUUUAAUGCCUAUUUGUCAAUAUGUUAUAGACCCAUUGAUAAAACCAUGUAAGUUAGAUAGAACCUUCCGAAGGAUGAUCUUUGGAGGACUGAUGGUGGCCUUAGCUUUCUGGAUUUCAGCCUUUUUAGAAUCAUGUAUUAAAAUAAAUUUGCCGGUUUUGCCACAAUCAAACGAGUUUCAAAUUAGAAUAUUCAAUGAACUUAAUUGCAUUGCAGUAAUAGAAGCACCAAGUAUUACAUCCAAGCCUAUUGUCAUGGGAGUGCAAGAAAAGUAUACCAAUAAACAUAUACCUAGCAAACCAUUUCAAAUAUUUCCAUUAAUUGUAAAGGGAACAUGCUUUUCGCAAAUAAGCGAGAUGAUCGAAGCAAAUGGCGGUACUGCCGUGUCGAUAUUGUUGAAAAUUGAAGAUGGAAAUGCAGUUGCCAUCUCUUACAAUGAGAUUCUUGAGAAGUCCGAAGCCGGUCAGCCCAUUUUAUCUGUUAUUGGAGCUAAAAUCGAAGAUAGUGUCAUUGCCAGAGAUUCCAAAGGUGUAGAUGUAGCAAUGACAGUAACACCAACAUUAGUUGCUGGCGAUCUGGUGGUUAUCGAUACAAAGAGAACAGUGGAAGUUGUUGUAGAGGAAUAUAAUUUAAUUUUGAAUGAAGCGUCAGUCCUAAAUUUUCAUUUAUACCAAGGCGGUGUAUACCUCAUCACCAUAUCUGGUACAAAGGCAAAUCUCUUCGUGAUCACGGAACCUAAUUCAGUGCACAUCUCUUGGAUGUUACCUCAGAGCAUAUUACUAAUAUUUGGAGAGAUUUAUUUCUCACUUACAUUUUUCGAGUUUAUCUACAGUGAAGCUCCACCAUCUUGUAAGAUAUUGGUUGCAUCCUUACAAUUUUUUGCAGAUGGGAUUGGUCAAUAUUUCGUACAGGAAACGCUACGUAUUCAAGGAAUGGAUUUAGAUCAUAAACUUUACAUGGAAGCUACUUUGCUGGCGUUAAGCAUGGUAUUGCUUAUGAUUGUUGCAAAAAGAUUUAAGCCUUUAAUAACAAAACAAAUUCUAUUUUGA